GGUGCGGGUCAAGCCAGAGCACAGUUUCAGUUUUGACAGCAGUCACCAGUGCCUCCCUGGAAGCUUCUAGAAGGGCAGGGGCACACACUGGCUGGCAGGCUGUGCCCGAAACUGAAUCACCUGGAGAGAAGGAAGUAGCUAAAACAGCUUAUACAAGAAGUGAACCAUCAUGCCGCAACCUCCUUGGAAGCCACAAGCAAUGAGGCUCUCCUUGUUCGCCCUCUUGGUAACUGUCUUCUCAGGGGUCUCCACACAAAGCCCCAUAUUUGGUCCCCAGGAUGUGAGUAGUAUUGAAGGUAACUCGGUCUCCAUCACGUGCUACUACCCAGACACCUCUGUCAACCGGCACACCCGGAAAUACUGGUGCCGACAAGGAGCCAACGGCUACUGCGCAACCCUCAUCUCUUCAAAUGGCUACCUCUCGAAGGACUAUUCAGGCAGAGCCAGCCUCAUCAACUUCCCGGAGAAUAGCACAUUUGUGAUUAACAUUGCACAUCUCACCCAGGAGGACACUGGGAGCUACAAGUGUGGUCUGGGUACCACUAACCGAGGCCUGUUUUUCGAUGUCAGCCUAGAGGUCAGCCAGGUUCCUGAGUUCCCAAAUGACACCCAUGUCUAUACAAAGGACAUAGGCAGAACUGUGACCAUCGAAUGCCGUUUCAAAGAGGGGAAUGCUCAUAGCAAGAAAUCCCUGUGUAAGAAGAGAGGAGAGUCCUGCGAAGUUGUCAUUGACUCUACUGAGUACGUGGACCCCAGCUAUAAGGACAGAGCAACCCUUUUUAUGAAAGGGACCAGCCGCGAUGUAUUCUAUGUCACCAUUAGCCACCUAAUGCCCAGUGAUGCUGGACUGUAUGUUUGCCAAGCUGGAGAAGGCCCCAGUGCUGAUAAAAAUAAUGCUGACCUCCAGGUGCUAGAGCCUGAGCCAGAGCUGCUUUAUAAAGACCUGAGGUCCUCAGUGACUUUUGAAUGUGACCUGGGCCAUGAAGUGGCAAAUGAUGCCAAAUAUCUGUGUCGGAAGAACAAGGAAACCUGUGAUGUCAUCAUCAACACCCUGGGGAAGAGAGAUCCAGCCUUUGAAGGCAGGAUCCUGCUAACCCCCAGGGAUGGCAAAGGCCGCUUCAGUGUGUUGAUCACAGGCCUGAGGAAGGAGGAUGCAGGGCACUACCAGUGUGGAGCGCACAGUUCUGGUUUGCCUCAGGAAGGCUGGCCCAUCCAGGCUUGGCAACUCUUUGUCAAUGAAGAGUCCACGAUUCCCAAUACUCGCUCUGUUGUGAAGGGUGUCACAGGAGGCUCUGUGGCCAUCGUCUGUCCCUAUAACCCCAAGGAAAGCAGCAGCCUCAAGUACUGGUGUCACUGGGAAGCCGAUGAGAAUGGACGCUGCCCGGUGCUCGUGGGGACCCAGGCCCUGGUGCAAGAAGGAUAUGAAGGCCGACUGGCACUGUUCGAUCAGCCGGGCAGUGGCGCCUACACUGUCAUCCUCAACCAGCUCACCACCCAGGAUUCUGGCUUCUACUGGUGUCUUACCAAUGGUGACUCUCGCUGGAGAAGCACGAUAGAACUGCAGGUUGCUGAAGCUACAAAGAAGCCAGACCUUGAGGUGACACCACAGAACGCAACCGCGGUGAUAGGAGAGACCUUCACAAUCUCCUGCCACUAUCCGUGCAAAUUCUACUCCCAGGAGAAAUACUGGUGCAAGUGGAGCAAUGACGGCUGCCACAUCCUGCCGAGCCACGAUGAAGGUGCCCGCCAGUCCUCUGUGAGCUGUGACCAGAGCAGCCAGAUCGUCUCCAUGACCCUGAACCCGGUCAAAAAGGAAGAUGAAGGCUGGUACUGGUGUGGGGUAAAAGAAGGUCAGGUCUAUGGAGAAACUACAGCCAUCUAUGUAGCAGUUGAAGAGAGGACCAGAGGGUCACCCCACAUCAACCCGACAGACGCAAACGCACGUGCAAAAGUUGCUCCAGAGGAAGAGGUAGUGGAAUCCUCUGUCAGUGAGAAUGAGAACAAAGCCAAUCUGGACCCCAGGCUUUUUGCAGACGAAAGAGAGAUACAGAAUGCGGGAGACCAAGCUCAGGAGAACAGAGCAUCUGGGAAUGCUGGCAGUGCUGGUGGACAAAGCGGGAGCUCCAAAGUCCUAGUCUCCACCCUGGUGCCCCUGGGUCUGGUGCUGGCAGUGGGUGUUGUGGCUGUGUGGGUGGCCAGAGUCCGACAUCGGAAGAAUGUAGACCGCAUGUCAAUCAGCAGCUACAGGACAGACAUUAGCAUGGGAGACUUCAGGAACUCCAGGGAUUUGGGAGGCAAUGACAACAUGGGCGCCUCUCCAGACACACAAGAAACAGUCCUCGAAGGAAAAGAUGAAAUAGAGACUACCACCGAGUGUACCACCGAGUCAGAGGAAUCCAAGAAAGCAAAAAGGUCAUCCAAGGAGGAAGCUGACAUGGCCUACUCAGCAUUCCUGUUUCAGUCCAGCACCAUAGCUGCGCAGGUCCAUGAUGGUCCCCAGGAAGCCUAGGCAGUGCUGACCACCUACCCCUGCCUGUGACAAUCAAUUUGAGAAUCACAUUGAUCCACUCGCAGCCCACCCUCACCCAUCACCUAGGCUCUUCCCUCCUGUUCUCAGAGGUGUGCUGGUUCCUCCCUCAGCCGUGGAAGCCUGGCCUACUUAUGCCUGUUUAGGAGAGAGCAUGAGGAGUUCUUUUUGCUGUUAAAGAGUAAGGUGGAAAUGAGUUGAGCCCAAGAGGUGUCUCUGAGAGAAGAGGGUUCAGAGCAGGGGCUCAUUUCAGGAGGAAAAGCCAUUUGAAGCCUCUUUAUACACAUAUGCUAGGAUGUCAGGAUAACUCCUCUCCUUCAUCUCUCUUUUCUUCUCUUCUUGAUUCAGACAACAGAUCCGAAAACUCACUAGGCUUCCGGUGUCUACUAAAUGCUGAGAGUCAGGCCACAGCCUUUCUAUAAACAUCACUGGAAGAGACACCACCUCCUCCCAGAUUCUGUCUUUUCCCUAAGAUAAGCUAUCAAUCAUUACCAGGGAUUCCCUUUGCCUCUGCACCUCAUAGGCAACAAAAGAAACAUAAGUCCUGCAGUCUAAGGCAUACCCAAGCCAUAAGGGCACCACGAGACUCAGAUGAGAAGAGAUUUUUCUCCAGAGUACUCAGUGAGAUAGACUAGUGUCAAGCCAGAUGGGGCAACUCCUGGCUCUUGGCCUGGGACUUGUCUUCAAGAUCUCUGCUCUUAUUAGAGAAAGAGCUUUAGCAUGAGGAAAAGUAAGAGAAAACAAGUUACAUGGGCAUGGUGGUGUGCUCCUGCAAUCCCAAUAUUAAGAGGUUAAAAAAUAGGACCAGAAGUUUAAAGUAAUCCUUGGCUACCUAGUGAGUGUAAGGCCAGCCUGGAAUACGUUAAGAGUUGGUUUCAAAGAAGCAGGAGGAGAAAGAAGGAGGAGGGGGGGAGGAGGAGGAGGAGGAGGAGGGAGGAGGAGGAAGAGGAGGAGGAGGAGGAGGAGGAGGAGGAGGAGGAAGGGAGGAGGAGGAGGAGGAGGAGGAGGAGGAGGAGGAGGAGGAGGAGGAGGAGGAGGAGGAGGAGGAGGAGGAGGAGGAGAAGAAGAAGAAGAAGAAGAAGAAGAAGAAGAAGAAGAAGAAGAAGAAGAAGAAGAAGAAGAAGAAGAAGAAGGACAAUGGCUCUUUUCUGGUCUCACCUUUUCCCUUCCUGUCACUCAUAUGGACCUCAGAUAAGAGAACAGAUACUCUCGACCCCUUACAUUUGGAGAGUUUUGAGCAGACAGGAAGAAGACGGAGCCUGGGAGCAGCUGUUCUUCCAAUAGUCAAAUUAAGACUGUUCCUCUCUGAGCUCUGUACUUCAACCAGCACCUUUAGGCUGAAGCCAUCAAAUCAGAAAUGUCUGUUAAUAAUUAAAGUCUAUGAUUGCCACCAA